AUGUGGUUUCAUUUCAAAGACUCAUUAGAACCUACAUCCAGGAGCACACGAUCAGACGAGGAUAAGGCUUUUGGAUGGGACGCCUGGGGGCCUUGGAGUGACUGUUCUCGGACUUGUGGAGGAGGAGCCUCGUACUCUCUCAGAAGAUGCUUAAACAUCAGGCAUUGUGAAGGGAGAAAUAUUAGGUAUAAAACUUGCAGCAAUGUGGAUUGCCCUCCUGAGGCCGGUGAUUUCCGAGAUCAGCAGUGUUCUGCACAUAAUGAUAUGAAACACCAAGGACAAUCUUAUGAAUGGAUUCCUGUCUACAGCGACCCAGAUAAUCCAUGUGCUCUGAAAUGUCAGGCUUGGGGAACAAGUUUGAUUGUGGAAUUAUCGCCCAAAGUGCUUGAUGGUACCCGAUGCAACCCCGACACUUUGAAUAUGUGCAUCAGUGGAAUUUGUCAGGUAGUGGGAUGUGAUCGACAACUUGGGAGUAAAACCAAGGAAGACAACUGUGGAAUUUGUGCAGGAGAUGGAUCCACAUGCAGGCUUGUGAGAGGACAGGCGAAAUCCCACGUGUCUCCUGAAAAACUGGAAGAUACAGUGAUUGCAGUUCCAUAUGGGAGUCGACACGUGAAAAUCACAGUCAAGGGGCCAGCCCACCUUUAUAUUGAAUCCAAAACGCUACAGGGACGCAAAGAAGAACACAAUCUAAAUACUGUGGGAUCGUAUGACAUUGAGAAUACCACUGUUGAGUUUCAGAAAAGUUCUGAUAAAGAAAUCCUCAAGAUACAGGGUCCACUGGGUGCUGACUUUAUCAUUAAGACCAGGAAUAUCGCAACAAAGGACAGUGUGGUCCAGUUUAUCUUCUAUCAACCAAUCAGUCAUCAGUGGAGAGAGACUGAUUUCUACCCCUGUACAGUGACCUGCGGGGGAGGUUACCAGCUUAGUUCUGCAGAGUGUAUAGAUGUACGUUCAGGUCGUGUUGUUCCUGAACACUAUUGUAAAUACUACCCAGAAAAUAAAAAACCCAAACCUAAACUACAGGAAUGCAAUAUGGAUCAUUGCCCUUCCAGCGAUGGUUUCAAACAACUUGCAAUCUAUGAUCAUUUUCAGCCACUUCCUCGUUGGGAGACCAACCCUUGGACUGCAUGUUCUAUGUCCUGUGGAGGUGGAGUGCAAAAGCGCAGUGUUUCUUGUAUUGAAGAGAAUGUGUAUGGAGAAAUUAAUCAGGUGGAGGAGUGGAAGUGCAUGUAUGCCUUGAAACCACUAUUAGUUGAAACCUGCAACCUUUUCGAAUGCCCAAAAUGGAGAGCCAUGGAAUGGUCGCCGUGCACAGUAACAUGUGGUCGAGGUCUGCGUUAUAGAGUCGUAUUGUGUAUAGACCACGGAGGGCAGCAUACUGGCGGAUGUAACCCACUGCUAAAACCAUACAUAAAGGAGGAAUGUACUGUGCCAAUUCCAUGUCAUAAAACCAAAGAAAAACUUCCUGUGGAGGCUAAAAUACCCUGGAUUAAACAAGCUCAGGAACUGCUGGAACCCAGAGCAGAAUCUGAGGAGCCAACGUUUAUUCCGGAGGCGUGGACACAGUGCAGUACUUCCUGUGGAGUUGGCAAACAAGUGCGUGUCGUGAAGUGCCUUGUUUUUCUCUCAUUCUCUCAAACGGAAGAGGAGCUUCCAGAUGAAGAAUGUGAAGGACCCAAACCCGCUGGCGAGCGGGUUUGUAACCUGGGACCUUGUGACGGGGUCACUGUGUUUUACGAGUCAGAAGGUGUCCACUAUGGUGACAAUAAUGAGAUGGAAGAACAAUUAGAUUGGGAGUACGAAGGCUUCACCCCGUGCUCAGCGUCAUGCGCAGGAGGUAAACAAGAGACUAUAGUUGUAUGUCUUAAUAUGCAGACACACGAAAUUAUGGACGACCGAUCGUGUGAUAGCUUCAAACGUCCACCUCAUAUGGUUCGAACCUGCAAUGUUGAGCCUUGUCCUCCCAGAUGGAACACACGAUCCUGGAAACAAUGUACUGCUACUUGUGGAGUUGGAAUACAGACGAGAGAUGUUUUCUGCUUACGUAUAGUAGCACAUGAUGCCGAGGAUACCACUAUCAUUCCUGACGAGGAAUGUUUGGGUCCAAAACCCUCUGAACUGCAGGCCUGUAAUCAGUUUGAUUGCCCUCCAUCAUGGCACAAAGAAAAAUGGCAGCCGUGUUCACAAACAUGUGGAGGAGGUCUGCAGUCCCGCAAAGUGCAGUGCAAACAACUUGUGACUGACGGAAGUUUCCUAAGCCUUCCAGAGGAGUUCUGCCUGGAUCCCAAGCCACUUCCGCAGAAGCCAUGUGUGAACAUUGACUGUGCCCCUCACUUGGCUUUAGGGGGGUGGUCAGAGUGUUCUGUAAGCUGCGGAGAAGGGAUUCAGAGAAGAGAGUGGAUCUGCCAUCGGCUUGCAGCUAACGGUCAACAGAUCACAAUAAACCAAUCAAUGUGCAGUGGAUUCCCCAUUCCAUCGCUGUUUAAAACCUGUAGCAUGUCUACCUGUAAAAAGGUCAGAAAGAACCCCAAAGCAAAGGCUUCCCACAAGCAGAGUACCCGGGACCCUCAGAUCAUCGGUCUCCACCGAGUGUACAUUCAAACCAGGCAGGAAAAACGGAUACAUUUCAGCAUCGGUGGUCGGGCCUAUCUGCUUCCAAAAACCUCUGUUGUGAUUAAAUGCCCCGUAAGACGAUUUCAGAAAUCCCUAAUUAGGUGGGCAAAAGAUGGCCAAGAUCUACAAAAUACCAAACGAAUUGGUAUCACUAAAUCGGGUUCACUGAAAAUUCAUCACCUCAAAGAUGAGGAUAUUGGAAUAUAUAGUUGCAUUGCUGGAUCAGUGAGUGAUACUUUUGUCCUCAAGCUGAUUGGCAAUGAUAACAAAUUAAUCGAAUCGCCUGCGUCUGCUAAAACAAAAACGGGACAAAGUUUGGGACCAGAGAAAACUGGUCACAAUGGAUCCAACAGAUUGGAAGAGAAAUGGACUCAACUGGGCAAGAUGUGGCAUAACUGGAGUGAAAAGAAUGAAUUUUAUCUGGACAACAACCAGGCCUCUGACCGUGUUUUCCUCCGCCUUCUUGGAAAUCAUUUGGUUUCAAAGGGAAAGACGAACUCUGCAGAUUCAUACGAUUCUCGAGAGCUUUACGAUAAGCAACUAAAAGCCGCAAUUUUCCGGGGAGCCUACAGUAUGGACGCCAGUCAGUUUGAAGAACUUUUACGCAACGUGAGCCUGUGGAUCGAGUCUGGCGAAUUAGCAGAAGAUUACGCCUCUCUGCUCAUGUAUCAGUUAGCAGCCGAAGCCUCGAGACCGGAACCAACAGUAGAAAAGUGGAAAAUGCCUCUUGAGGAGAAUGCAUCAAAUGCAAAAUUCUUAGAUAAAACCCCAAACGCCUCUGAAACCUUUAGCAAUAAAGAUGUGAAUCGCCAGACAGAGAAACAAAAUCCCACGAUUUUGCGGAAAAAUCUUACUCAUGUAUUUCUGGAGAAAAAUAUCAAUGUAACAAUCGGCACACUGGCAUUUCUGACAAGCCAUAUGGACCGGGUGACUUUACUCUGUCAAGCUGCUGGAUCUCCCGAGCAACAAUUCUCUUGGACCAAAGAUGGCUUACCUGUCACGCUUGGUAAAAGGAUUACACUGCUUGGUUCUGCAAGACUUCAAAUCCAGAAUUUCUCUCGCCAAGACGCUGGCCUGUACGCAUGUACAGUAUCGAGUGAAUUGGGGACAGAUACUGAAACAUCAUUACUGUUGUAUUCAGAAAUACCUGUUAUCAGAUUCUCCAGAGCAAAUAUCACAAACCUCACAACGUGGCAUUUAUCCGCAGUUGUUGGCAGUGCUAUAAUUGCUCGACUUCGGGCAACCAUCACAAUUGAAUGCCCAGCAGAAGGUAUUCCCAAACCCAAGAUUACUUGGCAGAAAAAAGGUGGUUUCUUAGGUAAUAAUUCCGCUGUCCUUCAGAAUGGAUCUCUGGUGCUAAUAAAUGUGACACUUGCAAAUCGUGGGAUCUACUCUUGUUCAGCAGCAAAUGAGGUCGGACAAGCAAUCGCAUCUACAUUUCUUAAAUUUGCCAAGCCAAGAAUAUUUCCACCAUCUGUAGCAUCUCAUCGUGAGAAAGGAAGAAAGAGGGUCUUAAUGGCAUCCCGGGCUGGUUCUACCGUUACAGUCAAACGUGGCGAUGUGUUGCGAAUAGGUUGCCCAGUGACUGCUAAGCACAGAGCUACGGUGAGCUGGAACUUCAGGAACCAGUCCAUUCAUGAGGUUCCAGGCCUCGAAUACAAAAUACUAAAUGGAGGACGGGUCCUUGAAGUGAACACGUCCUUUGACACGAUGACCGAGCAGUACAAGUGUCUGAUUCACAGUGAUUCUCGAAUUGUUUCUGCCUCCAUGAAUGUGAACUUUGUAGAUUUCACCUGGGCUCCUGGUGAGUGGACUUCCUGCACCGCAACCUGUGGGAACACAGGAAUCCAGUACAGAAAACUGCGCUGCCUUAACAAUCAUGGAAUUGAAGUGAAUGAGUCCACGUGCCAUGAACUUCCUAAACUCCCAUUAAUUAUCCAGCUCUGUAAUGCACGGGAUUGUCCUGCCAGGUGGGUUGUCACAGCACUGUCAGAGUGUUCAGUGACUUGUGGGAAGGGCAUCCAUCAAGAGCAAGUGACAUGUGAGCAGAUAACAGCCAAUGGAACAUUGAGAGUUUUACCUCCGGAGAAAUGUGCAAAAGAGGCAAAACUAUCAGCUGCCAAAGAGGGUUGUUUAAUGCAGUCCUGUGCAGAAUGGAAAACUGCAACUUGGGAAGAGUGUACCGGUCGAUGUGUGGGUCAAAACUUUGCUGUGCAGCAUCGUCAGAUUGAAUGCCAGUUUACAAAUGGAACAGCAACCACAGAAGUCAUUUGCAAUGAAACAAAGAGGCCUGUUUCUACAAGACAGUGUAAAUUAGAUAGAUGCAACGUGCAGUGGAGAACUGGCCCAUGGAGACAGUGUACAGCAACAUGCGGGAAUGGUUUCCAGUCUCGAUGGGUAGCUUGUACCAAUAAGAGAAAUAACAAAGCUGUGACUGACCAGGAUUGUGGUUGGCAGAGACGACCAAUAACUUGGCAGCGUUGCAAUGUAACCUCUUGUGACUCUUCUGAAGGGGAUUGUAAGGAUACAACGCGUUAUUGUGCACUUGUGAAACGUCUGAGACUGUGUCAGCUGAAAACCUACAGACAGAGGUGUUGUGAUUCCUGCAGAAUGGUUUAAUUAAUACAUAUAGUGUACCGCUGUGUUAUCUUCACAAAGGUGUGUGAAUCAGCUUCAACAUAGGCAGAACUUGGUGUGGAUUGACUGACUACAGCACUGAGUACAAGUUGGUAGAAGAAAUAUUUAGUAUUUUUGACAU